CUACAGUCCCACUGUCAAGCCAGGCCCAAGUAAGUAUGCAACAACCUGUUUCAGCAGCUAUGCAGCCGCUGCAGCAAGCUCCUCGGCCCAUGCAGCCUAUGCAAUGAAUGCCCAAGAUACCUCUGAUGAGUCCCAAGCCUUUCUCUGGAGAUAGGAAGAAGGAGGAAGACUUGGACACCUGGGUGAGGACUGUGCCUACUUAUGUGAGGCAUAAACUCACAAGGCCAGAGCAAGAAAUUGUAGUGGCUGCCUCCUUUUUAGAGGGGUCAGCAGCCCGCUGGUUGAAUGACUUAGUGCAGCAACAGGGCUAUGGGGAGGAUUUCGAUGCCUGGGCUCAGGCUCAGACAUUAGAACAGUUCGUACGGUCUGUCUACAACACGUGGCAUGACCCGCAAGGGGCUCAAAAGGCCACCGAUGCUAUCAACAACCUUUGUUCCCGCAGGUUCAAGGAUGUUAGAGAGCUUACAAACAAUGUAGAACGCCUUCUCGUGGUACCUGGUGUGCGCUUUGACCAGCAGGUUCUCCUGACGGAUUACCUAAGGUGCCUACUUGCAGAGGUAAGGACCAAGCUGGUCGAUGAGGCGUAUGUCGAACAGCACACCUUCGCUUCGUUUAGUAAGAAAGCUCUGGACAUAGAGGCAAAGUUGGGAACUGCGCAUAGGGCAUCUCAUGAUGGUAGGAAGAGACUACCCCAGGACUGGAAGAAGAAAGGUCUGUUAAUGUCUGUUGACCAUGAUGGUCAAACGACGAAGAUUGAUGAAUUCCCAGACCUUGGGGAGUUCACAGAGCAGGAUGGGGCCAGCGAGACUUCGGAUGGGGGAGUCGUGGCACCCAUCAAGGAAAAGGCUAGGGGGAUCGAGAAGAAGAAGGUAGGACGGCAACCCAUUGCAGCCCCAGGCAGCAUUGAGUAUGCUAUCAAGUAUGAACAAAUGCUAGAGAAGGCAGUGGAACACAUUAAGAAGUCUCAAGAUGCUAUGAUUGCAUCUGAGAACAAACAUAGACGGCCUUCUAACUUUCAGCGCUACCGCAACUGGGGCCUUCUAGGUGCAGCACCCAACAAGGUGAUGAAGAUGGUGUCUACCAUAGCCAGGCCACGUCUGCAGGACACGUCAGCAGUGCCACGUCAGCAGCAGAGGAUACCACAUCAGCAGGCCCCGGCCUGGUCUAUGCUGUUGCGUUCACAUACAACAGUCAUGGACCAGAGGCCCGGAGAAGCAGACGAGGCCUAUCAGGCCCGCAUGCUCGCCUGGAGUACCGAGACAAAGAAACGGGCAGAUGACGUUGCCGCAGCAGCAAAGAAGAAGGAAGAGGAUGCCGAGCAGGCACGUCUGAUGGCAAUUGAACAACAACGUCAGCAUGACGAUGCAGCAGCAAGGGCUGUCGAUGAAGAAAGACACCAACGUCGUAAGAAGAUAUUUACCGGAGAGCAGGCGUUACUUACAAUGGCAGCAGAAUGGCGGACCGAGGCCGAGAAUAGCAAGCUGGAGGAUAGCGCAAACAAGAUAGCGCUCCUUUCGCAUCUCACAGACCUCCUAGCAACCUGCAUUACACAACAGGAGGAGAUCCACAGUCUCGACAACUCGCUAGCUCACGUCCAAAACCGCCUUCAGCGGUUGGAGCAGCCACCAGCCGCCGCCGCCGAUGCAAGCUCUUCCAAUACUUCCGACCGCCUCAAUGCAUUGGAGAUGGACGUCGGCUCACUCAAGGAUGGCGUGCAAUUACAGCAGACGGCGACGCAACAGUUGCAACAGCGGAUCUGCACUACCGCCAACAUCUCGAGUUCGGAACCGCGCGAGACAGCUCCAAAGUUUGACGGGCAGGAUAUCUUCUGCGACUCAAUGAAGACAAAUCCGGUUCCAUGGUUUCGCAAGUUCGAGCUCACGCUGCAGCUCCACGACGUCAAGGAACACAAGCACCACGCAUACUUGUACUCUCGCUCAGGGGGCGCGUGCCAGGCUUGGUUGGACAGCCUGUUGUCCAAGUACGGAGUGGUAGCCAACGACUUGCACACCAAGAUCAGCUGGGAUGAUCUGAAGGCGGCGUGGCACAAGCGGUUCCAGGUGGAGCCGCCGGAGACCAAAGCCAUGGACAAGCUCAUGGUCUUCGAGCAAGGCACGCUGCCGAGUACGGACUGGAUCGCCGAGUACCAACGCUUGGCGUCAGUCCCAGACAUCCAGAUGGGCUUCAAAGCCAUCCGCCAUUACUUCAUCUCAAGGUCAUGGGGCGCGUGCCAGGCUUGGUUGGACAACCUGUUGUCCAAGUACGGAGUGGUAGCCAACGACUUGCACACCAAGAUCAGUUGGGAUGAUCUGAAGGUGGCGUGGCACAAGCGGUUCCAGGUGGAGCCGCCGGAAACCAAAGCCAUGGACAAGCUCAUGGUCCUCGAGCAAGGCACGCUGCCGAGUACGGACUGGAUCGCCGAGUACCAACGCUUGACAUCAGUCCCAGACAUCCAGAUGGGCUUCAAAACCAUCCGCCAUUACUUCAUCUCAAGGUCAUGUCCGACAUUAAGCAAUGCCCUGACGCAUGUUGAGGACACCUUGACGACGACGGCGGAAUUGUUUGACAAGGCCGCGCAGAUCAUCAUCACGAACAAGGAGGCCAAGAACCUCCACGCAGGUCUGCCCAUUGAAAGGCAAGGGCAAACAGGGAAACUGAGCACCACUGAGAGUGACUCAACGACACUCUCGACGCCUUCGGAACCGGUUUCUUCGCGAGUAAUCGGCCUUCAUUCCGAGGCGCACGCGGAAGUCGAUAGUCCUCCUCUUCUACUUUCUUUUGAGGACUAUGCUGCCCGGCUCGUUCCUACGCCGGGUACUCAAGCUCAAGGACAAGAAGUGUGUGCGGUUUCUUCUCCGUCCGGCAACGACGACAUAUCGUCUUCAAGUGGUUCUUCACGGGAUUCGGCACGCGAGUUCAACAUAGAGGCAUUGGACCCGCUCACGUCCGAGGACUUUGCAUGGCUUCCUCUCCCGACCACAGGCCGCAUGCCGGGACCGCAAUGCGCAGCACUUAGCGCUCAUCUCCACACUUACUUAUCCUUCUAUGCACCACCAACUUCGCCGACGGAUGACAAAGUCGCGGUGGGGGACAUCCUGGCGUAUACUACCAAAGUGGCCCGCGAGUUUCGCACGCAUCGGUACGAUGACAACAACGCACCGCUCAUGUAUGUCCGCAUUCAAGUUGGGCAAGCGUCCUGCAGCGCUUCGCUGGAUAGCGGCGCGUCUCGCAACUUCAUGAGCCAAUCCUUUAUGCAAAGGGCUGGCGUUGGCGCACAAUUUUGGAGGAAGGCAAACCCGACGGCGAUCAAGUUGGCGGAUGGAAAGACGCAACAACUUCUCGACCGUUACAUCGAGGCCGUACCGGUCUACUUCGCACCUCAUGCAUGCGAACCGGUGACAUUCGAUAUUCUCGACACGGACUUUGACAUCAUUCUAGGAAUGCCUUGGCUUGCAAGUGCGGAUCACGCGGUCAACUUCCAUCGGCGGACUCUUAGCUUUCGCGACCCCUUCGGCGCGGAAGUGGCGUGUACUAUUCCUCUACCGCACCCUUCGAUCCUGUGCCAAGUGGUGACGGCCAAAUCAUUCCGGGCGACUUGCGCUUACCAGCAGCCCGAGGAGAUUGGCCUAUGUUUCCUACAGACCGUCGCGGUAGCUGACUCUUCACCCACGGACUUGUCUUCGGACCCCCGUGUGGUGCGGUUGCUGGACGAGUUCGCCGACAUCUUCGAGCCACCUACCGGUGUGGUGCCUGAUCGGCCAAUCUCUCACGAGAUGAUCCUUGAGGCCGGUGUCGUGCCGCCGAAAGGUUGCAUCUAUCGGAUGAGCGAGGAGGAACUCGAGGUCCUCCGAGCACAACUCGACGAUUUGUUGGCCAAGGGCUGGAUCCGCCCUAGCAGCUCCCCAUAUGGAGCACCAGUUCUCUUCGUCAGGAAGAGGAACAAGGAUUUACGACUGUGUAUCGACUACCGCAAGCUCAAUGCGCAAACCGUCAAGAAUGCGGAGCCUCUUCCUCGCAUCGACGAUCUUCUGGAGCGAUUGGGCGGCGCAAAGUACUUUUCUAAGUUGGAUUUGAAAUCGAGAUAUCAUCAAAUCUCGAUCCGGCCGAAUGAUCGCUACAAGACCGCGUUCAAGACGCGGUACGGGCAUUUUGAGUGGGUGGUCAUGCCUUUUGGCCUCACCAACGCCCCGACGACCUUUCAAGCGGCAAUGACCAAUGAGUUCCGUGCAAUGCUGGACCGGUUCGUGCUGGUCUACUUAGACGAUAUUCUCGUCUAUAGCCGGACAUUGGAGGAUCAUCUUGGACAUCUUCGACGAGUGUUGGAGACGCUCCGCCGCGCCAAGUACAAGGCCAACCAUGACAAGUGUGAAUUUGUCUGGCAAGAGCUAGAAUACUUAGGCCAUUUUGUCACACCGGAGGGCAUCUUUCCGCUAUCGGACAAGAUUCAGGCCAUCCAAGAGUGGGCGGAGCCUCGGAACGUCACUGAUGCUACUCGAAGAUCGCGGCCCACUUGAACAAGCUUCAAUGCGAGGAUCGGUCGUUUGACUUCGGAGAGGAGGCGCGGGGAUCAUUCUUCGCUCUCAAAGCCGCGCUA